CUCUCGGGGAGAAGCCUGAGCUCAAGGGCAGGAACUGAGGGAAAUUGAUUGGGAGACGGGGUGCAGACCUGCACACAGCUUUACAAUCCCUUGAGAGUGAUGGAAUCUUCAUUCCAAUCCUCCCGACUACCACCACCGCUAUUGUCUAGUCUGUAAUCCAAGGACUUCAGUUCUCCUUUCCUCACUGCCUCUAAAUCAGCCCUUUGCUGCCAACUCCUAGUCCUGGGUCCAGAACUGCGCCCUUUGGGGCCCUCACGUCACCAGCGCUGCUCUCCUGUUCGCCAUCCUCGCGCCCGGCAGGCUGCGGGCGAACGCGGGCCCUUUAAGAACAGCGGUACCAGCGAUCGGUAGCUUAGUGGAGAGCGCAGUCGCCCGGCGGGCUCAGGAGGACAAGGCACUGAGGACCAGGCUCGGGGACCCAGUGUGCACAGCCCAGGCGAGUCAGCGCGCGCCCCAUCCGCCCAUCACCACCUGUCAUCUCUCCUCUGACCUGAGGCCGGGGCCCUCCACUGCAGCCCUCCCCGCCCCGGCCCCGCCCCAGCCCGGGCUGCCGGGACCGGGAGCCGGGACGCGGGUGCUGCAGCCAGAGUCAAGUAAGGAGGGAUCGGAGUCACCACCCCUGGCCGGUGACAGCGCUAAGCAUCUCGGCUCCACACCGGCCCCGGGGCACGUCAAGGUGACUAGGCGAGCAGAAGAUAGGAGGCUAGUGGCGUGAUGGCGGAGAAGGCGCUGGAGGCCGUGGGCUGUGGACUAGGACCCGGGGCUGUGGCCAUGGCCGUAGCGCUGGAGGACGGAGCGGAGCCCCCUGUACUGACCACACACCUGAAGAAGGUGGAGAAUCACAUCACCGAAGCCCAGCGCUUCUCCCACCUACCCAAGCGCUCAGCGGUGGACAUAGAGUUCGUGGAGCUGUCCUAUUCUGUGCGGGAGGGGCCCUGCUGGCGCAAACGCGGUUAUAAGACCCUCCUCAAGUGCCUAUCAGGUAAAUUCUGCCGCCGGGAGCUGAUUGGCAUCAUGGGACCCUCAGGGGCUGGCAAGUCCACAUUCAUGAACAUCUUGGCAGGAUACAGGGAGUCUGGAAUGAAGGGACAGAUCUUAGUCAACGGGAGGCCUAGGGAACUGAGGACCUUCCGCAAGAUGUCUUGUUACAUCAUGCAGGAUGACAUGCUGCUGCCACAUCUCACAGUGUUGGAGGCCAUGAUGGUCUCUGCUAACCUGAAGCUGAGUGAGAAGCAAGAAGUAAAGAAGGAGCUGGUGACAGAGAUCCUGACAGCACUGGGCCUGAUGUCCUGCUCCCACACGAGGACAGCCCUGCUCUCCGGAGGCCAGAGGAAGCGCCUGGCCAUCGCCCUGGAGCUGGUCAACAACCCACCUGUCAUGUUCUUUGAUGAGCCCACCAGUGGUCUGGACAGUGCCUCCUGUUUCCAAGUGGUAUCCCUCAUGAAAUCUCUGGCCCAGGGGGGCCGUACCAUCAUCUGUACCAUCCACCAGCCCAGUGCCAAGCUCUUUGAGAUGUUUGACAAGCUCUACAUCCUGAGCCAAGGUCAGUGCAUCUUCAAGGGCAUGGUCACCAACCUGAUCCCCUAUCUGAAGGGGCUUGGCUUGCACUGCCCCACCUACCACAACCCGGCUGACUUCAUCAUUGAAGUAGCCUCUGGUGAGUACGGAGACCUGAACCCCAUGCUGUUUAGGGCUGUGCAAAAUGGGCUGUGUGCCAUGGCUGAGAAGAAGAGCAGCCCUGAGAAGAAUGAGGUCGCUGCCCCCUGCCCCACUUGCCCUCCGUUUUUACCCCUUAUCAUGUGUCCCUCUGAAUCUCACUCUGAUUCACAUCCUGAGGCCAGCUUCCAGGAAGUGGAUGCCAUUGAAAGCCACACAUUUGCCACUAGUACCUUCACACAGUUCUGCAUUCUCUUCAAGAGGACUUUCUUGUCCAUCCUCAGGGACACGGUCCUGACCCACCUGCGGUUCAUGUCCCAUGUGGUGAUUGGCGUGCUCAUUGGUCUCCUCUACCUGCACAUUGGUGACGAUGCCAGCAAAGUCUUCAACAACACCGGCUGCCUCUUCUUCUCCAUGCUGUUCCUCAUGUUUGCUGCCCUUAUGCCAACUGUGCUCACCUUCCCCUUAGAGAUGGCGGUCUUUAUGAGAGAGCAUCUCAACUACUGGUAUAGCCUCAAAGCAUAUUACCUGGCCAAGACCAUGGCCGAUGUGCCCUUUCAGGUGGUGUGCCCGGUGGUAUACUGCAGCAUUGUAUACUGGAUGACAGGCCAGCCAGCCGAGACCAGCCGCUUCCUGCUCUUCUCAGCCCUGGCCACUGCCACAGCCUUGGUGGCCCAGUCUUUGGGGCUGCUGAUUGGAGCUGCCUCCAACUCUCUACAGGUGGCCACGUUUGUGGGCCCAGUUACCGCCAUCCCUGUCCUCUUGUUCUCCGGUUUCUUUGUCAGCUUCAAGACUAUCCCCACUUACCUGCAAUGGAGCUCCUACCUCUCCUAUGUCAGGUAUGGCUUUGAAGGUGUGAUUCUGACUAUCUACGGCAUGGAACGAGGAGACCUGACCUGCUCGGAGGAGCGAUGCCCUUUCCGGGAGCCACAGAGUAUCCUCCGAGCACUGGAUGUGGAGGAUGCUAAGCUCUACAUGGACUUCCUGGUCUUGGGCAUCUUUUUCCUGGCCCUGAGGCUGCUGGCAUACCUUGUGCUCCGGUAUCGGGUCAAGUCGGAGAGAUAGAGCCUUGCUCUGGCCUGCACCCCAACCCCCACAGCAGGAAGCCCCCAGCCCUUGGGGACUGUUUUAACCUUGUAGACUUGGGUACUGGUUGCUGGCACAGCCGUCCUCUACAAGCUGGCUGUUGGACUGUGCUCCCAGCCGCAGCGCUGGGAGUGGGGGCUCCAGCCCUUCUUGCUGUGCUCAGGAGUCUUCUCAAGUUGAUAUGGUUUGUAGUUUCCCCCCUUCUCUCUCCAACAUCUGCAUGCAAAGACCACUAGGAGGCUACCACCCUUCUUCCUGCCCUUGGCACCCUCCUCUGUUGUCUGCAUAGGAGCCUCAGGCUCCCCAGGCCCCCACUUAUAACUGACCAAAGUGGCCCAACCCGGGGGUCCUCACCACACAAGUGUUUGUAAAUUGAGUUGUUACAAGGUUGGAGUUCCAGGGCUGGGCCCUGGUGGGGUCCCCUGGAAGUCCCAUUUGGACGUUGGAAUGGAGCAGGGAAGGACUCUGGAAGUCUCUCCCUCCUUCUCCCCACUCCCCAUUUCCAGACCCUGGCUGAUUUGGACAGUCUACAGGGACAGAAGCUGGGUUUUCUGUCUGGGUCAUUCCUUCCCAAUCCUGGGGAUUGGAGAGGCCUGGGGCCAUAGGAUGCUGCUUCCUCUUUCCCAUCACCUUUGGUAGGGGUAGGGCCUGGUAGCGCCUCUGCAAUAAUGUCUGUGUUUCUCUCCCAUCUGCCACUGGAAGUAGAGAAUGCACUUUAUUCUAGGGAGUGAGUGGGAGAAGACCCAAGCCUCCUUUCUCACUGCUCUUGCCUCACGGUCCUCCAGUGCUUCCUUCCUUCUCCAAAGUUAUAGGCACAUACAUGCGAACAGGCAAUCUUAGCCCUACAUACCCUCACUGUCCCCUAUGGCUCAGAGGAAGAGUGAUAGUGGUGUGGUGAUGGUGAUGGUGAUGAUGGUGGUGGUGGUGGUGGUGGUGGUGGUGGAUGCUGCGGGGAGGGCAGUGCUAACCUCCUCCUGGGGGUCCUGCUUUGACUGUAAGGAUGAGGCUGGUGCUGCCCAGGGCAUCUUCUGAAUCUGCAGAUGUCUACCCCGCAGUCUUCCCUCCCUACCAACAAGGGAUGGCACAAGACACUAGCUCCCUGGAGUUCAGGACCUAACACAAGCACAAGCAUAGGCAUAAGUUGGCCUUGGCCACUGCAACCCCAUGGCCCUUCUUUCGUGCGUCAAGCUGGCAUUCUUACUCCUCCACCCCUUCCCCAGCCACUUGCUGCUCAUUCAAACUCCUGUCCAUGUCUCUCUACCCUCUUCUCAUCAGCCAAGGUGGCCCAUGGGUAUUCCCUAGGCAGCAUGCCCUGGCCGUCAGGGUGACAGACGUACCUGGAGCAUGUCUGGCUUUCCUAGUGGGUCCAGGCUCAUUCUACUUCUGAUUUUUCCUUCCCCCAGGGCUCUUUUCAAUCCUUAUUCCUGGGUGCAUACCUCUCUACUUUCCCUUUCCCUGCCAUGGAUUCUCGCCAUCACACAGAGAUGCCAGUUGUAUUUGUGGGAUUUCACCCAUUAUUAAUAAAACCUAUAUUUAUACAGUA